AUGGCUGCGGCGGCGUCUAUCUCUGGAUCCCGCACCAGCUACCCUAGCGUCCCAAUGGCCCACAGCGGCCGGCGGCGCACCAGCGGCUGCACCGUCAUCAGGAGCUCCUUCGCGCCCUGCUCGCCGGCGUGCAAGCCCACGACGCUGCGGAUCGGCAGCAAGUGGGCGGAGCUCCAGGGCGCGCGGGACUGGGACGGCCUGCUGAGCCCGCUGGACGGCGCGCUCCGGGGCGAGCUGGUCCGGGACGGGGAGUUCGUGCGCGCGGCGUACGCCAGCUUCGACUUCGACGGCGGCGCGCCGUCCUACGGCUCGUGCCGGUUCCCGAGCCGCUCCCUGCUGCGCCGCGCGGGGAUGCCGGGGACCGGGUACCGGGUCACGCGCCUCCUCCACGCCGCGUCCACAUCGGCGCCCCGGUGGCUGCCGUCGCUGUCGCCGCCGUGCGGAUCUAGCUACAUCGGCUUCGUCGCGGUGUGCGACGACGAGCGCGAGAUCGAGCGGCUCGGCCGCCGCGACGUCGUCGUCGCGUUCCGCGGCACCGCCACGUGCGGCGAGUGGGUGGACAACUUCAAGUCCGGCCUGACAAGGCUCCCGAUCCCGACCGGCGAAGAGAAUGGAGAGGAGGAGGCGAUGGUGGAGAGCGGGUUCUGGAGGCUCUUCACGGCGCCAGGCGAGGCGCACAGCAGCCUGCAGCAGCAGAUGCGCGACGAGGCGCGGCGGAUCGCCCACGAGUACGGCGGCAGCGGCAUGCCGCUGCUGAGCAUCACGGUGACGGGGCACAGCCUCGGCGCCGCGCUCGCGGUGCUCACCGCCCACGAGAUCGCGACGACGCAGCAGCAGCGACAGGAAGAGGAACACAGCGGCGCCGAAGAGCCGGCGAUGAUGGUGACGGCCGUGUCGUUCGGCGGGCCGCGCGUGGGCAACGCGGCGUUCCGGCGCAGGCUGGAGGAGAGCGGCGGCAAGGUGCUCCGCGUGGUGAACUCGGACGACAUCGUGACCAAGGUGCCGUGGUUCCCGGUGCACGAGAACGACGACGGCAACCAGCCGGCGAAGGGGAUGAUGAAGGCGAGGGUGCCGAGGUGGGCGUACGCCGACGUGGGGCGCGAGCUGCGGCUGAGCCAGGCCGCCGGCUCGGCGUCCAACGUGGUGGCCUCGCAUGACCUCGACUUGUACCUCAAGCUCGUCGCUUCUUGCACAGACUUAGAUAGGAAAAUGACCUACGUAGACAAGUAG